AAUUCCAAUAUCUCACUAUAAAAGCCAGAAACCAUAAAAACCAGAAACCAAUCUCUCCCGUAUCCCUUCUUCAACUACAAUCCGAAGAACGCGAGCGAUGUUGUCGAAGGUCGGAUCGUUCCGAUACAACUUCGCCGAGAAGAGCAAAGAGAGGCUCCUCUCUCAGAAAGAGAUCGGCGCUGAUUUUUUAUUCGACGACGACGAUUACUCCAGGUCGAAGUGGUCGUGCUUCCGUCCGGUCAGCGAUUGGGCCGCCCGAUCGUGGAACCGGUCGAUCGAGGCUGUGAUCAAAGCGUGGGAGUUUGGACGGUCGGAUCCACGGAAAUUCAUCUUCUCUGCCAAGAUGGGGUUGGCUCUCGUUCUUAUAUCUAUUCUCAUCUUCCUGAAAGUGCCCUUCAAGGAUCUCGGCCGUUAUUCGGUGUGGGCCAUCCUUACUGUUGUCGUCGUUUUCGAAUUCAGCAUCGGAGCGACUUUUAGCAAAGGAUUUAAUCGGGGAUUAGGGACAUUAUCGGCAGGUGGGCUUGCUCUUGGUGUUGCGGAAUUAUCCAUCUUGGCUGGAAAAUAUGAGGAAGUUAUGAUUAUUGUCAGCAUCUUUGUCGUAGGAUUUUGUGCAACUUUCGCUAAACUGUACCCAACGAUGAAGCCAUACGAAUAUGGGUUCCGUGUUUUCUUGCUGACUUUCUGUUUCAUUAUGGUGUCCGGGUAUCGGACAAGGGAGUUUAUCGAAACGGCAGUAUCUCGUUUCUUGCUCAUAGCUAUUGGUGCUGCUAUUUCUUUGGGUGUGAAUGUAUUGAUCUACCCCAUUUGGGCAGGCGAGGAUCUGCACAAUUUAGUGGUGAAAAAUUUCAUGAGCGUUGCUAACUCAUUGGAAGGUUGUGUCAACGGAUACCUUCAAUGCAUCGAAAAUGAGAGGGUCUCUUCGAAGAUUCUUACAUACCAAGCUUCGGAUGAUCCUCUCUACAGCGGCUACAGGUCUGUUGUAGAAUCUACUAGCCAAGAGGAUACUUUGCAAAGUUUUGCUAUAUGGGAGCCACCACAUGGCCGAUUUAAGAUGCUAAGAUAUCCUUGGAAGAAUUGUGUUAAAGUAAGCGGUGCACUGAGGCAUUGUGCAUUUAUGGUCAUGGCAUUGCAUGGGUGCAUACUUUCAGAGAUACAGGCUCCUGCUGAAAGGAGACACGUUUUCAACAGUGAGAUGCAGAGGGUUGGCAAUGAAGGUGCCAAAGUUCUGCGUGAGCUGGGAAACAAAGUCAAGGCUAUGGAGAAAUUGAGUCCUGGAGACAUCCUCCUCCAAGUCCAUGAGGCAGUAGAAGAGUUGCAAAAGAAGAUAGAUCGUCGAUCUUAUCUCCUUGUCAACUCAGAGAGAUGGGAGAUUGGGAAUCAGGCCAAGAUAAUCGAAGACACUAACGACAUUCUCAAUAUGAUGGAUGAUGAUAAGAAGCAACGCCUUGGGCUGAAGUCCUCAAGUGAAACUGUGCUCAAUUUGGGAUCUGUUCCACCGUCGAAGAGCUGGGACAGCCGCAUUUCCAACUUGGGUGUUUACUCCUCCCAACCACCCGUUGGUUCUGCUGAAGAAACAACGCUUGAAAAACAGAUAUCGUGGCCUGCACGGAGGUUAUUUCAUUUAUAUCCGCUCAAAAAACAGAUAUCGUGGCCUGCACGGAGGUCAUUUCAUUUAUAUCCGGUUCCCACUGAAGACGAAUCAAAAACCUAUGAAAGUGCAAGUGCGUUGUCUUUGGCAACGUUCACUUCGCAUUUGAUUGAAUUUGUGGCAAGGCUUCAAAAUCUCGUUGAUUCUUUUGAGGAGUUGAGUGAGAAGGCCAAAUUUAAGGAGGCCGUUGAGGAACCAGCAUCUGAGAUGGUCGGAUUUUGGACCAGAUUGAGUCGGUGCUUAAGAUUCAAAGAUUGAAAGUUAAGAUUGCAGGAUCCAAAUCGUUGGUGGCAUAUGAGGAAUUUGAAUGGAAUAAUUGGCGAGCCCAAGCAUAUGGGAGUCAUGCAUGGGCCUGACUUCAAUGCCCACUGAGAAUCAAAUCACACCUACUUACACCACCCAAAAGGACUGGGUGGGGAUCCCAGCACGUCUGGAAACGAGGCUUUGAAGUCCUAAUUGAAAAUUGCUGGGAUUCCCGCAUGGUCUUUGGACGGCCAGAUCUAGGUACGCACUGGAUGCAUUUUUCUAGAGAAGUGGUAGGAUAUGAAAUCAUGUCCGGCAGUGCGUUAUGCAAUAUACACUUAUACAAACCUGAUGGGUACCGGCAGGAGUGCAUCAGCCUGUAAUUCUUAUUGUUUGGUGGCUGGGAGGAUGGCUGCUAUCUUGCUGAGCGUGGAAUUCUACUGAUUGCUGCAAAAGAGGUAAAUGGAAGAGUUCUAGUGCUUGUAUUUAUCAUUUCAUUACAUGAGGAAUGAGAGGAUUCUGCUCUUUGGCUAUUAUUUUGUUAUUUUGCUUCCUAAGGUAAUGUGGGACCUAUGGUCCAUUGAACCAAAUGGUCAGAUGUGAUGGCCCUCAUUCUAGAUGGGAAGACCGUAAGGAAACGUUUCUAGAUUGCAUGA